GACUACUCCUUCGGUUGUGGUACUGGCGGUCAGUUUGACUUACCCGAAUUAUGCUGGAGCGGCAACAAUUGUGGAAGCUCCACCACUGGGUCUUCUUCGACCACUUCAUUGACCACCCCACCUACUCCAUCGACUUCUCCAUCCACCACUCCGUCUGGUUCAUCUACUACUACCCCAUCGACCGUUCCAUCGACGACUCCAUCUGGAUCAUCAUCCACCACUAAGCCAUCGACUGCUCCAUCUGGAUCAUCAUCGACGACUCCAUCUGGAUCAUC